AUGAAAAGUGGUCAUAAGGAGGUACUGGAUAUUAGUUUUUCAUCUAACUCAAUUUGCUUAGAAAACACUAAGAGGAAUAAAUAUAGCAGCACUGUACAAAAUAAUAUUUUGUUUUUCCUUCACCCAGAACAUCACAAGAAGGAAAAGUUGUUAGAAAUUGCCAAACCAUCAAAAAAGGAAGUACCUGCAGUACCAGCCAUACCAUCAAAAAAGGAAGUACCUGUAGUACCAGCCAUACCAUCAAAAAAGGAAGUACUUGUAGUACCUGCCAGACCAUCAAAAAAGGAAGUACCUGUAGUACCUGCCAGACCAUCAAAAAAGGAAGUACCUGUAGUACCAGCCAAACCAUCACAAAAGGAAAUACCUGUAGUACCAGCCAAACCGUCAAAAAAGGAAGUACCUGUAGUACCAGCCAUACCAUCAAAAAAGGAAGUACCUGUAGUACCAGCCAUACCAUCAAAAAAGGAAGUACCCAUAGUACCUGCCAAACCAUCAAAAAAGGAAGUACCUGUAGUACCAGCCAUACCGUCAAAAAAGGAAGUACCUGUAGUACCUGCCAAACCAUCACAAAAGGAAGUACCUGUAGUAUCUGCCAAACUGUCAAAAAAAGAAGUGCCUAUAGUAUCUGCCAAACCAUCACAAAAGGAAGUACCUAUAGUACCUGACAAACCGUCAAAAAAGGAAGUACCUAUAGUACCUGCCAAACCAUCACACAAGGAAGUACCUGUAGUACCUGACAAACCAUCAAAAAAGGAAGUACCGGUAGUACCAGCCAAACCAUCACAAAAGGAAGUACCUGUAGUACCAGCCAAACCAUCACAAAAGGAAGUACCGGUAGUACCAGCCAAACCAUCACAAAAGGAAGUACCUGUAGUACCAGCCAAACCAUCACAAAAGGAAGUACCGGUAGUACCAGCCAAACCAUCAAAAAAGGAAGUACCUGUAGUACCUGCCAAACCAUCACAACAGGACGUACCUGUAGUACCUGCCAAAACAUCAAAAAAAGAAGUACCUGUAGUACCAGUGAAACCACCUAUAUCUGUGGAAACCCACAAGGCAAAAGCCAAAAAAGAGGAACUAAAGGAAACAAAAACUGACCAACCCAAAGAAGUAGCAGCUGUGGUUUCAGCUAAAAAAGCUGUACCUGAAAAGAAGGAAGAGAAAACAACAAAGGCAGUGGAACAAGAACCUGUAAGAGAGAAACAAGUACAACCUGCUGCCACAAAGCACAAAAAGCAGGUAAAAGAAAAGGAAGUCAAGCAUCCUGUAGUUCUGAAGGAUAAAGAGCCGGUAAAAGAAAAACCUCUGAAGACUCCAGAAGUGUCAAAGGAGAAAGAGUCUGUUAAAAGAAAAGAAGUGAAGCCUCCAACAGCUGCAAAGGAAAAGGAGCUUACAAAAGAGAAAGAAGUGAAGCCUCCAGCUGUUGUCAAAGAAAAAGAAGCCACAAAAGGAAAAGAAGUAAAGCCUCCAGCUGUCAUCAAAGAGAAAGUAUCCCUUAAUAGCAGGAUUGAAAUUUCCAUUGAUAUGGAAAAGUUUGUGAACCUAUGUAAAACAGAAGAUGGAUAUAAAGAAAUGGCUUUAGGAUUUGAGAAGAUUUUUCUAUUAAAAAUACUAAAAAUUGUACCUUUAAAAAAAGAAGCAAAGCCAGCUAAACCAGAAGCCAAAACAAUAAAAGAAGAUAGAGCGGUCCCUCAUCCUGCUGCCGAAGGCAAAAAAGCUGAGCCUAAAUCAUCACCCACAAUAGAGAAACCUCAUAUACACAAGCAUGAACCCGUAAAGCAGGAAAAAGCUGUUUCUCAUGCCAAAAUAGAGGAGAAAAAACAUGAAAAAUCAUCUCCCACUGAAAAAUCAGUCAAGCCAAAGCCAGCAGUGCAUGAAGGUGUCAAACAUGAAAAAGUUCUACAAACAAAAGCAGACAAACCAAAAGCAACAGCAAGUAUGUAUCAUAGUAUAUUUCUUGCCAAUCCUGAACCUGUCUUUUAGAUGCGCUGUGUCCUA